UUGACUCAAUGGGCUGAAUGACCUGCUUCCACACUGUAGGGAUUUUAUGAUUCUAAGAAUUGCUAGCAUGUGUGUAAGAGAAUGUGAAAUUCAGGAAAUAGGGCUGAGACAGCCUGUGCCUCCAAAACAUGAGUGUAAGUGAAAUCUCUUUUACCCCUAAUACACACUCAUUCACAAAUAACAGUGAGGCAGACAGUUUGACACAAAUGUUGUCGAUGCUAAAAAGUGUAUAGGUGGGGAAGACAGUUCUGUAAUGCAAGUCCAGACAAAAAAAAACUGUUCUCUUGAUCUGCGUAAUUAUUCUCUGUAAUGACAUAUCGUGAUAUCUACAAAUCAAUGGUCAAUCUUUAUUUAAUUGGUUGAUUGUUUUGACCUAGCAUCUUCCCUUUUCCUUUGUUUAAGAAUCUUUUCUUUCAGGUUUCCUGGAUGUUAUUUUCCUACUCUUUCAAGGGAGACAGAGAACACUAUAGAGAAUGGCGACAGAGAUAUGUUGUUGCAGUUGGCCUCCAGAAGUUCCUGUUUGCAUUUUAAUCAACCAUCUGUGUUACAGCACAGCUUAACACAUCAAACAGCUGUUACCAUGCUGAGUUCCCCUGAACUCACAGGAGAUAGUGCAAAUUGUCUGGACACACUGCUAGCAAAUUACCUUCGAAACAGUACGUGGCAAGCAGUCAGUUUCUGCAGCAGGAGGCUGAUGGAAUAAAUGACAGAGAGACCGAGAAGCGUUUCAGAAAAUUUUGAUGCUGUUCCAAUCAAGUUCUAAGUGCUUGCAAAAGUAAAAAUUUCCACUGUCGAUGGAAUGGUUCCAAAGUUGGGAUUACUAGACCCCAGUCAUGUUAUCAAAAACCCAAGGCAUUCUGGUGGAGGAUUUGUCUCUGAAGGAGGAGUAAGUGAACAUGCUGCCCAAUGCGUUCAACUUGUCCUGCAGAAGUGUGAUGGUCACCCUGGCUCAGCAGAAUUGUGGGAAAUGCUAAGGGAAAAUUCUGAAGCCAAGAUCGCACAGAUGGAUGCACAAAUGUCCAAGGCGAACAAAUCUGCAUUUAACAUCUACACGAGAGACCUUCGAAUAAAACAGGAUGCACAUCCACACCCCAACUGCUUAAGUGAUGAUUGGGAGGAGGAUUUUCAGAAACUGCACCAAGCCCAGUUUCAAAAGUGUGUUCAGCAUUUGAGAAACAGGCUGGGCUUAAUGAGCCGAGCAUCUGAACUCAAUCAGGAGAAAGCCACUGCUCUUAUUGCCAAUAAUCCAAUUCCUGACCUCAAUAACCUGGAUGGAAAAGACUCCCCAAUGCGCUUCCUCAGCAGACCUUCAGCCAAGAUUAAAUACCCAGUGAGAAAACAAAUAAUCCUGCCCCCACUGCAACAACUCCAACAGCCAUCUGCUGAUAAUUCAAGAAGCCUCAGGCAGGAGGAGCGGGGAACCCUGCGAGAAAAGGCUGUGGUAACUAAACCUUCAAAGAAGGAAUCAGCUUCCAAUUUAUUGAGGAAGGACUUUAAGAAAGUUGUGAAACCAUCGUACAUCCUGAGUUCCAAAGUGCCACCAAUGAAGCCAAGUUUGAAAGCCUGGUCUCCUGAAUUGCCAAAGAGAGAGACAAAUUUCCAAGCCAUAUUGUGGGAGCCCCAGCUAGGGCAUGCUCUCAGAAAAUGUCAACAUACAGUUUCAGGCAAGAGAAUUUUCAACGUGGUCAGUGAAGUAUCAGCAGGAUCAGUCUGAUCUUAACUAGUAAACCAGAGGAGGGAUAGCAGUGUUGCUUAAUUCAUGUCCCCACAAGACACUGUCAGUGUGAAUCAGUUAUAAGCCCAUUCUGUCCAUCUGGAUACUGCCGGGCUAAUUUCUAAUAAAGUCCUGUUGAAAAGGUGAGGAACAGAGUUAGUAUCCUGUCGAUUGCCUCAAGGAUCAGACUUCAGGUGGCACAGAAUGACACUGCAACCUUUGUAAGCAUAAAGGCCCACUGUGAAAGUGCAGCCCCAUCCCAAUGGUCCAUGACAUAAAACUGCUGCUUAUUAUUACAACUAAUUCUGGAGGUUUACCAAAAAGGCAAGAAGGAACACCCAUUAUUUGCAGGGCUCUGGUGUUGCAGUGGUAGUGUCCCUACCCCUGGAUAGAGAGACCCAGGUUCAAGACCCACCUGCUCCAGAGGUGUGUAAUAACAUUGCUGCCCAACCAGCAGUACUACCUACAACCAGCCUGAAAGUGUUGCCUGCUGAUGGUGGGCAAUUGCAACACUAACAUGUUCAAUUUGCUAACACUGAUAUCCCUCAGCUUGGGAAGCACAAAAUUUGCAAAAAGGAUGGAUAAGACUCCAUUGACCUCUUGUAAAUAAUCACAGUGACUAAUUUGAAGUAGUAAGCAUGUGGUUUGUCUGAUUAUGAUGGAUUUUUCAUGGUUCGUGCCUAGUGAUUGUGUUGUUCUCAUAAAACCACAUGAACACAACCAUUUCAUGCAAUGUAACACUUUUAUGUAUGUAUAAUGUUCAUGUUUGUAUGGUGCAAGCGUAUGUACCAUGUAAUAUGUAUUUACCAUUUUAUGACUACCAUUUUUUGUAUGUAUGUUGGAGUGUUUAUAACAUUUGUAUAUUUG